UAACAUCUGAAUACAACAUUAAAACGGUGUAGGUAUGUCUAAACCUACGAAACUUCUAGGGGUGCGUCCUCUAAUUUAACUCUUUCAAAAAUCUUUUGGCUCGCGAAAUGACUAUAAAUAUGGGAUUUGGUCAUAGACUCCGGUUUGAAGAUUCUUGUUGUUUUUAGGUCUUAAACAAAAAUCAAAAUUAAGAGACAGAGACGAAGACGAAGAAUAAAUCAGUGGUUCAUCGGGAGCAGAAGAAACGGAAUAUUCACUUUCUUACCCUCAAAUCUCGAUAUCUACAAUUCCUAAAUUUGAAUGGUUCCAACAUAAUCAGGGGUUUUUAGGAAUUGUUUUGAAGACACAUUUGGCGCUACGAAAACAAGUGGUAUAUAGCAGUGAAGGAGAAGAGGGACUGAGAUAGGAAGGAAAUGGCUGUUGAAGAAGUGGAGGAUACAGGAAUGUGUAAGGUGAAGUUUUUGUGUAGUCAUGGUGGUAAAAUAUUACCAAGGCCUGCUGAUGGUAAGCUCAAAUACAUUGGAGGCGAAACUCGCCUGGUUGUGGUUCCUCGUAAUAUCAACUUCGCAGAAUUGAUGGCCAAACUUGCCGGCAUAUUUGGUGGUGAUACAGUUCUGAAGUACCAAUUGAUCCCAGAAGAUUUAGAUGCCCUAGUUUCAGUUACAAAUGAUGAUGAUCUGCGCUAUAUGCUAGAUGAAUAUGACCGACACUCUAGAGCAUCUGAAAGCAACGAAAUCCCAAAACUGCGAGCAUUUCUCUUCCCAUCAGAUCCAACUGUAAUCAAAAGUCAGAUAUUUCCCACCAAUACCAAUGAAAGUUAUGCAAUUGAGCAGCGAUACAUUGAUGCCAUCAACGGAGUUGUACAUUCUUCCUCAACUAAUAGGAUUCGUCCCUGUUUCAGCAUUAGCUCAUCAUGUGGAUCAUCUCCAAGGUCAACUGGGCCAGAUGUUUUUCCCUCUGAAACUAUCAGCCAUGACAUUUUUGUAUCCACCGGACUGCGUCGAGACAUGCAUAGAGUACACAGUUCCCCCAGUGAUUUAUGCAACCUUAGUCGCCAACAUACAAAUCAACAGCAGCAUCAGCAUCAACAUCAACAUCCUCAUCCUCAUCCUCCUCAUCCCAAUCCCCAGCACCACAGACACUUCAUUGAACCACCAAAAGGUCACUCGCAUCACCAUCAACAUUAUUCUAGUGAACAACAGCCUUUUCAUUCUCAUAGGCAUCACUAUCAGCAACACUCCCCUCCUGAUGUUGAAGAACAACAUCCUCACUCUAAUCACCACCAACACCACCGGCACUCGAUUGAACAACAGUGUCACCAACACCAACCACACACGACAUCAAGAUUUCACGGUCAGUGCAACGGUGUGAUGAGUGGACAGUUUCGAUCAACUAUGUCAACAGGGAGAAGCGAGAUUACUAGGCCGCAAAUUGGUCAUUCUAAGACUAGGUAUUAUUCCCCAGGUAGGGUGCAGAAUGUUGGGUGUAUUGGUUGUGGCCAUGUUAACGAAUGUAGAAUUUGUAGAAAUGGAAGGGGGUUUUAGAUUUGAAGAUUGAUUUCUCAAGUGGCCCAUGUGUGUGGGAACAUAUAUAUUUUGACAAACAGGAUUUGAAGCAUAGCUGCAAAUAAAGAAUGGACACUUUUAUUUUCAUA